CUAAGGGCACUGAACAGUAGAGUGUGGACAUUAACCAGCAGGACAAGGCUCUAGCCUGUCUGGACGCUCACUGAGUCUGUUGAAAGACCUAUUUUCCGAAACCUUAUUAUGGAUCUGGUGCUUUGGACUUUGACUAUGAUGCUGGCUCUUGUGGUGGGCUUGUUUGUGCUGUUGGUUUCUGGAGUGAUUUACACUGUAUUCACUGAGUCGGUAAUGCCGCCAGGUAUCCAGGGACCAGGUAAACUCAGGCUCAUCUACGGCAUGCAAUUGGCAUUAGGCACUUUGGGAAAGAUCGCACAGAAUCUGGGGCUGGGACCACAGGUCACUGUUGUUCGGUAUCUACAUGCCAAGACCCUCAGGAGGAUGUCCAAGGAAGGGACUGGCCUGAUCAUCCGGGAUCUCCAAUUUGAUGGUGUCCCCGUCAGGGUUUACCAGCUGAGGUCAGCAUCGGCGGAGAAAAGGCGUGGGAUCUUGUACUUCCACGGUGGUGGAUGGGUGUUUGGCAGCAUAAAUGAAUAUGAUAAUUUGUGCCGGUACAUCGCCAAGGAAACUGAGUCGAUUGUGGUGUCAGUGGAGUACCGCCUUGCACCUGAGUACAGGUACCCCUCUCAGCUCGAGGACUGCCUAAAUGCCACUCUGCAUUUCCUCAAGACCACAGAUGAUUAUGGAGUUGACCGCAACAGAGUCGUUGUGUGUGGGGAUAGUGCUGGGGGUAACCUGGUUGCCGCCGUGUGUCUGAGAGUCACUUCCAUGAAGGACAGCUUGGAUGUUCCAACCCUCCGCGCCCAGGUCCUGAUCUACCCAGCCCUUCAAAUGGUCGACUUCAACCUGCCCUCCUACCGACAAAACCAGUUUGUGCCCAUCCUGUUUCGAACACGCAUGAUCUUCUUCUUCCUGCAGUAUCUGAACGGAGACAUGUCCAUUGCAGAAGAUGUGCUGUCAGGUCACCAUCUACCUGUGGAAGUCAAAUCUAAAUACAGGAGGUGGCUAAACCCAGAUCUGAUCCCAGGCAACUUUCAGGUCGGAGAUCAGAAGCCCAACCUUGCCCUCACCCAUGUCGAUGAGGUUUAUGAUCUUGUGAAGCCCAGCUUAGAGCCAACCUUUGCCCCACUCCUUGCCAGUGAUGCUGCCAUUAGCAGGCUCCCACCAGCGUACAUUUUGACCUGUGAGUUUGACGUACUACGGGAUGACGGAUUGCUGUUCAAGAAACGAUUGGAAGACAAUGGCGUUCCAGUGUCCUGGUACCAUAUUCAAGAUGGCUUCCACGGGAUAAUCAGCUUCUUUGAUAAUGGUUACCUGACCUUCUCAUCCGGGAAACAGGCCGUUGAUAACAUUGUCUCCUUCCUUAGAGACAUGUAGGGCCGUUUUUCCAAGGAGUGGUGAUCAGAGUCAUCUUGUCACUCUGUUCCUCCUUUGUUCCGUUUGUACACAGCUUUGCGUUCCCGGCAGGAGAUUCUGAUUACUGCUCCUUCAGAAAUAGUGAGCAUUAGCACAAUCCCACAGCUCUCUUGCAGCAUAGGAUCAUAGCAAGAAUUUAAACCAUGUCCGCCUUUUCAGGGCACUUGGUGCUUUACUCUGUGAUUUAUAUUUUAAGUGCGCAGCAGCAAGGACAGCCACUCCACCCAGCCCCAUUAAAGGGUAAAGGUACAAGAUAAGUGUGUGGGUUCGGGUGCCAAGUAGGUAGAGUGUCAGAUGAAUUGGAUGCCAGGGCACAAGCUGGCCAGCAUAAAUGGUAAAGAGUUAAGGUAAGUUGGUGUGAGUAGGAGUAUCAGGCCCAACAGUGAGAUAGCAAUGGGGGAAUGUCCAUACUGGGUGGGGAUUGAUGUUUCUGCUGGAGGAGGUAGGAGGCUAUCAGAUUCUGGGGAGAAUGGGGUUGACCAUUGGGGCCCCAGAAUUUUGAACAGAUGGAGGAAAGUUGGGUUAUGUGGUGAGGGUGGAAGAUUGAGCAUUGGGGGUGGGGGUGCAGAAUGAUGGAGUGCCAUGUCUGUUGGCAGGAGUAAGUGUUGGGUCCUGGGGUGGGUGUCCUGGCUGGAGGGGGGGGGUGUGGUCCUUGGAAUUGAUGUGGGUUUCCUGUGCACCCAGCACAACCCUCUAGUUUCUGUAUCUGUCCACUAUCCCUACUCCUAAUUCUCAAAUAAUAUGCAGUCCAAGAUUACUGUCAGUUUUGUGUGUAUUCACAUUAAUGUGCUUGAAUGAUUUCUGGGAAUCUGUACCUUUAUUUGCAUGUGUAACUUCACCUGCCUAAUGGUCACCACCUCAAAAUUUCAGUGAACACCGUUAUCUUUAACAAAGCCAUGCUGACUCUCCCUGAUCAGCUCAUGUUUGACCAAAGUCAAAACGUGUGGUGCUGGAAAAGCACAACCGGUCAGGCAGCAUCCGAGGAGCAGGAGCACAGCUCCUCAUCAUGCACCCCCCCCCCUCACAUUUCUGUUGAAGAGCCUAUGCUUAAAACAUCGGCUUUCCUGCUCCUCGGAUGCUGUCUGACCUGCUGUGCUUUUCCAGCACCACACUUUUUGACUCUGAUCUCCUGCAUCUGCAGUCCUCACUUUCUCCUCAGUUUGACCACCUUGGUCACAGGUUAGUCUUUAAAUUGAUGGGACUCUGUUUACUUGACUUCCCUCUCCUUGACCUCCUUAAUACCCACACCUCCUGCCUACAAGGAGUGACAUUCAUAAGUUUUGAGGCGGUGGAAGAGGAGCAGCCUAUCUCUGAGAAGCAGCAAUUCUGUAAUGGGAGGGGGUUGGGGAAGAUUACAGAAACUGAGAUUACACCACCGAGAAACUUCCUCAGUUUCCCAACUGAAGCUUACGGCAGGAACUACAAUGCAUGUUGACUCAAUUUUACGGCUAAUAAUGUACACAGUUGGCAAGUAGUGAACAGCACUGGUCAAAUUUCCAGCAUGCACUCCCUACUGCAAACUCAACUCCACAUCUGACCCUUUUACAUAUCUGCAAACAAGAGGUACUCAAGCAACACUGUUCCACAGAGCGGAACGAUUCACAGCGAUUAUUAGCAAUGUGAUUAUUACCCCUGCAGGGAUUCAAACACUGGGAACCACAAGAAUGUAUCUCUCUCUGUAAAUUUAUAGCAUGAUUCUUUUAAAGUCCCUUUUCUUCUCAGGAUUGUUGCGAUGCCUGGUAUUCCCUGUUUGGCCUCCAUGAUGGGAAAUGGGCACAAACAUAUAACAUGCGUUUGUCAAACGCGAUUUGGUUGAAAUGUGAUUGAAAUGUGAAUUUGCAGACUUUUUUUUUGAAUAAGGCGAUUCCACCCUCGGCAGCAGAUGAGCAGCAAAACCCAGCCUCAGGAUCCUCUGUCUGCAAAAUGCCCACUCAGUGUGUUCAGCUAAAACAGGAAUGCAAUCAGCUCUGCAAGCCUUGAAACUUAGA